UACGAGCCGAAGCUUCUGCUGCGUGAUGGAAGCGCCUCAUCGCUGAUGGCCAACUAGUGGCUCAUUAAAUUCCCGUUAUCGCUAGCAUGCCGAUAUCUACGAGAAGCAAGAUCGUGCUUUUUUUCAUGUAACUCAGUUAGGAAUUAACACUUCGUGCAUAUUUGCGUGUCAGAGAACGCGAAUCGCUGUCAACAUCAACUACACUUCAGAAUUUAUAACUUAAUACCAGGAUGACAUGUAAGCAUGCAGUGAAGAAACGAGUUUCCAACAGCAAGGUCUAUUUAUCAAACAUCUUGGAACACCUGAUUGACAAAAACCGGACAGCAUGUGCCUCCGUACAUCUUCAUUAGAAAGACUCUUUUUUUAUUUCCUGUUCUAAGAACUUGCUAAUUAGGAAAGAUCACGUGGUCACCAUCUGUCAUGAUUUAUCAACUACUACAUUGACAGCGACUGAUGGAUGGGAUCUUUAGGGAAUCUUCGUGCAAAAGUGGUCUUUUAAGCACUAGAAAUAUAAUCUACUAAUGCGCAGUUAGAAGCAUACAGAAUGUUUAAUUAAUUAAUUUAUAAGUCUUAGGUUAGUUUAUAAGAUGGGUUAAAAUUUUACUGGCGAUGUACCAUUGAUGAGAUUUGGCUGAUGGGGGGCCCAACCACUUCUGGUUUGGUUGAUGGAAACUUUAGUGGAUCUGGAUAUUCAGAUUUCUGGAUGAAUACUACAGAAGUUGAUGUGGUGAAGAUCAGUUUUCACCAUCCUGCCCUUGCUGUGAUUCUUGCCUUUUUUAGUGUAGCUACUGUAUUUGGGAACGUUUUGGUUAUGGUUGCUGUAGCUAAAGAACAAUACCUCCACAUUGUUACUAACUAUUUCAUUGCCUCAUUGGCCACGGCUGACUGCUUGGUUGGGGCUUUAGUCAUGCCAUUCAGUGCGAUUCACGAAGUCAUGAACAAACACUGGAUUUUCGGUCAAGUAUGGUGUGACUUGUGGCAUUCCUUCGAUGUACUGGCCAGCACAGCGUCAAUUCUUAACCUUUGUGUGAUUUCUCUUGAUCGGUACUGGGCCAUUACUGAUCCCAUCAGCUACCCUAGGAAGAUGACUCCGGCCAAAGCGGGGGUGUUGAUAGCUUUGGUGUGGGUGUGCUCGGCUUUGAUCUCCUUCCCUGCCAUCGCCUGGUGGCAUGCUGCAAUGACGUAUCCUCCGCAUCCGCAUCAGUGUCUCUUCACGGAUGAUAUAGGAUAUCUGGUGUUUUCUUCUACAAUUUCUUUUUAUCUGCCUCUCACUGUCAUGGUAUUUACUUAUUGUCGCAUUUACCGUGCAGCCAUGGAGCAAAAGCGUAGUCUGAAAAUGGGCACCAAGCUGAUAUAUUCAUGUAAUGGAGAACAAUCCACUGCGCUGACGCUCCGAAUCCACCGAGGUGGGGUGUUUGAACCGGGAACGUACAAAGCUAUGUAUGCUGGUGGAUUAAGUACCAUGACUUCGAAUGAAGAGUGCUCAGAGAAGACUUCUUUAAGAGUAUCAGCCCGUCAUGCCAAGAGCUUCUCUAUUAGCCGGAAACUUGCCAAGCUUGCCAAAGAGCGGAAAGCAGCCAAAACACUGGCAAUAGUGAUGGGUGUUUUUAUUUUAUGCUGGCUUCCAUUUUUCGUUACAAACAUACUGAUGGGAAUAUGUGGUGAAAGCUGUGUCAUGAAGCCUGACCUGGUCUUCUCCACUGUCACCUGGCUAGGUUGGAUCAAUUCUGGAAUGAACCCAGUGAUUUAUGCUUGUUGGAGUCGCGACUUUAAACGUGCAUUCACCAAAAUAUUGUGUGUAUGCUGCCCAAGGUACUUGAAACGAAGGGAACAACAUAGAACUCGAUACAGAAAAAACGCUAGAGAAGAAAUUCAGUUAUCUAGCUUCCGAUGUGGUAGAAACAGUGAGAUGUCGGAUGCAACUGUGUUGUAAAAUCUUGAUCUCCACUAAAGCCAGUUACAUUUUGGUGGGCCUGUGGUGAUCUAUGGAUCUAAAUCAUUAGGUGUAAAGAGUACAGAGAUGUUAUCGCGUAUCUUGGCUUCAGUGUUAUUUAUUUAGCUAAAGCUGUCAAUGUGCUUUAUAUAUAAAACUUGCUUGCUUCAUGAACUAAAGCGUGUGUGGGCAAAUUAAAAACAUGUGACUCAGGGAUCAAUGAAAGACUGAUAAAAAUUAAUGAGCUCUGAAAUCAGAUCAGCACUUGACCUGUGGUCCGAAGAAUCAGUAGGAGAGCAUCGUAAGACUCUUUGCUUAGAAAUAGUUCCUUGUAAUAAAGUUUGACUGAAUGAGAGGGAGACGAAGAUUAUAAAACACUAGUCUUUGUAGCUCCGGUUUUUCAUGAUUUAGUCGAUACAUGUUUUUUUUUCUCUAAUAAUUAUUUGUGAAGCAGAUGAACUUCUAUAUUAAUUUUAUAUUUCCAAUAUAAAAAAAAAAACUUGAAAUACACAACUUACAAUUUUACUUAUACAGUUUUUUUGUUUAGGUAUUGUACUUCCUGCAGUAAUUAUAAUGCUAUACCUGUUGAACUGAAUUGAUAGAAACGUUGCUCACGUAAUAAUGAAUGUCAUUCACUAACUCACAUCGUUCAUUUGAUUCAUAUAUGUAUCAUAGCUUCACAAACCGGCACUGAGAGAAUGAUUACAUCUGUAAUAAUAUCAUUACAUGCCGUAAAACACAAAAUUACUCUAGGUUGUCCUUUUUUUUUAAUGUGAAAUGUAUUAUUGUCAACAUUGUGAGUGUAUGAAUUCUACAGUCCGUUGAUCUAGUAUUUAUUGUAAACUUAUAUAAAAGUCCCUGGUAAUUUAAAUGCGUAUAACUAUUUUCUAGUCUGUUACUUAGAUUGGUAAAGUGUACAAUAUCCUAAACGAUUACUGAGAAACUACAACGUCUACAUAUCCAAUAUUUCAAGCUCCUAAUUAAUAUUCAGGAGAUACACCUGUAAAUUAUUGUUGUGAGAGUAUAAAUUUUAUAGGAGCCCUUCGAUUUAGUGUUAUGAGAGUGUAUAUUGUAUAGGAGCCCCUCGAUUUAGUGUUGUGAGAGUGUAUAUUGUAUAGGAGCCCCUCGAUUUAGUGUUGUGAGAGUGUAUAUUCUAAGAAUUUUGUAACUUAUUAUUUUGAUGGUAGAAUAUCUAAGAAUUCUAUGAUUUAUCUAGAAAUUUCCAAUUUUGCAACAUCUAAGUAUAAUAUGACAUCAGGUGUGAAUAUACGCAGCUUUCUGUGUUAAAUUCCUAAGUAUCUACCGAACUUUCCAUUAUAAUAGACAAAUAUCUUCGUUGUAUUCAGUGAGUAUAUUGAGAUAUUAAAGAAAUAUG